UGCUCCCCUUCGCGUGUUCGCAAUUUUGCUGUCGUUUUUUGUUGUAAUUCGAAAGGAAAACCCAUGGAAAACGCAUAAAACACGCAUGAAAAACAAGUAAAAACUGUGAAAAUUCAACAGUGACGUUGGCAACCGUAACAAUCAAUAGAUUGCAACGAGUUAACGUUUCUCGAAAAAACUCACUGUGCUUGUGAGUGCGUGCGUGCGCUCCUGUGUAUGCGUGUGUGUGUUUGUGUGUACCUCGGAGUGCGGUGUGUGCAUAAAAAGGCAUAGCAACCCACUGCCCCCGGGUCGGGCAAGCGGGGAGGCACACAGUCGUCGUCGUCUUUGGUUCGAUUCGAUUCGCAGAAGCAACGAAAGUCAAGAACCAGAAAUUCUACUUGUCGGAGCGGGAACAGUGAUUUCAAGAAGUUUCCAGAUGGAAAUCUAAAAUUCUCGAUCCUCAGGAACGAAGGACGGAAGGAAGGAAGCGAGAGAGCAAGAAAUUCUCAUUUUGCAGAAAAUAUACACACUAUUUAGUUUUUUGUGCAUCACAGAUAUCAGUGCGAAGGAACAGGAGGGACCAUCGCUGCGCACAUGGUUAAAGAUUUGGGAGACGAAUGCCCAGGAAAUGGGCGCAUUGCUUGAUCAGCAGCUACAGCUAGCGACCAACAACGGAGGAGGAGGCAGCAGCAAUCCAGGAGGCACCAAAAUCAUCAGCAGCAGCACCACCACCCACACCACCACAAGCAGCACCAACACCACAACAAUAACCACAACCAUAAAUAGCAGCAACACCAACGACAGUAACUGCAACAGCAGCAGCAACGGCAACGGCAACGGCAAGGCGUUUUUAGCGCGACCCACCGCCUCCGCCGCCGUCGCUAGCAGCAUCACCCAGAGUCGCGUGCUCAACUUUCGUGCGGAUUCACUUGAAAUCCUGCCUCAAAUCAACGGCAACGGCAGCAACAACAGUAGCCCUGCUGCGGGUGAAGACAACAACUCCAAUAGCAGCUCCAGUAGCAGCAGCAGCAGCUCAAGCAGCAGUAACUCCAGCAGCCACAGUAGUGCCAGCAACGAGCCAGUUGUAACCUCAACAAACAGCAGUAUAUCAGGAACAGCAGCAGCAGCUGCAGGUGCAGCAACUGAAGCAACAGUUGCAACCACUAGCAGCAGCAGCACCACAAGCACCACUACCAGUACCUCUACCAGUACUAGCACCAGCACUCCUGCCACAACGUCAAGCGCUCCGACAACAGCAGCCACAUCAACUGUAGCAACAUCAACUGUAUCAACUGUAGUUGGCGGCGUAAUGAAUGACACGUCAAACCAAAGUAAUCGCACAAAUAUCAUUUACUAUAAUCCGUCACGUAAAAAACGUCCAGAGAACAACAAAGUUGGUGUCACACAUUACUAUAUGAACAAUCACAUGGCGAUGAUAGCCAAAUAUAAGGGCGAACCCUGGCGCAAACCGGACUAUCCCUAUGGCGACGGUGUCGUUGGUCUGCACGAGGAAAUUGAGCAUUUCUAUCAGUAUGUGCUGCCCACGCCCUGUGAGCAUGCCAUACGCAAUGAGGUUGUGAAGCGAAUCGAGAACGUUGUCCAUACAAUAUGGCCACAGGCGGUGGUCGAAAUUUUUGGCUCAUUUCGUACUGGACUCUUUUUGCCCACCUCUGAUAUUGAUCUCGUUGUCUUGGGUUUGUGGGAGAAAUUACCAUUGAGAACACUGGAAUACGAGCUGGUUAAUCGCGGGAUUGCUGAAGCGUGCACGGUUCGUGUUUUGGAUAAGGCAUCGGUGCCGAUUAUUAAGCUGACGGAUCGAGAGACCCAGGUGAAGGUCGACAUAUCGUUUAAUAUGCAGUCGGGCGUGCAGUCCGCGGAGCUUAUUAAAAAGUUUAAGCGCGAUUAUCCGGUGCUGGGGAAGCUGGUGCUGGUACUCAAGCAGUUCCUAUUGCUGCGUGAUCUCAAUGAGGUGUUCACAGGAGGCAUCUCAUCUUAUUCGCUGAUCCUGAUGUGCAUCAGCUUCCUGCAGCUGCAUCCGCGUGGCAUCUAUCACGACACCACCAACUUGGGCGUGCUGUUGCUCGAGUUCUUUGAGCUCUAUGGCCGUCGCUUCAAUUACAUGCGCAUUGGGAUCUCGAUCAAGAAUGGGGGCCGCUACAUGGCCAAGGAUGAGCUGCAGCGUGACAUGGUUGAUGGACAUCGACCGUCCCUGCUUUGCAUCGAGGAUCCCCUGACGCCUGGCAACGAUAUUGGACGCAGCAGUUAUGGAGUCUUUCAAGUCCAGCAGGCCUUCAGGUGCGCCUACCGUGUCCUCGCACUCGCUGUCAGUCCACUCAAUCUCCUGGGCAUCGAUCCGCGUACCGAUUCAGUGUUGGGUCGCAUUAUCCACAUUACGGACGAUGUUAUCGAUUAUCGUGAAUGGAUACGCGAGAACUUUGAACAUCUGCUGCUGGUGGAUCGCAUUUCCCCAAUGCCGGCCGGCUACACUCCGAAUGGAACCAAAUAUGUGAUUAUGCCCUCCGGUACAGUGGUCCAACAGAUCUAUCAUCCGGUGCAGGUGCAAGCCCACGGCCAUGCGGGGCAUGGGCAUGCGCAUGCCCAUCUUGGCCAACCAUAUACGACGACGACGACGACAGCGGUGGCUGUGGCCGUGGCUGCCACCCAGCAGCAACAGCACCAGCAAUCGCAGCCACCAACGCAACAGCAGCUGAAGCACCAGCAGCAACAACAGCAGCAGCAGCAACAGCAGCAGGUGCGGCAUCGGCGGGGCAGCACCUCGUCCGGUGAUGAUUCCGAGGAUAGCAAAGACUGUGAAAUUGUGGAAGCAACGCCAGCAUCGACUGGAAAAGGAACAGCAACAGCAUCGAAUGCAACAGCAGCAGCAGCUGCCGCUUCUUCCACGGUUGUGCCCAUGGAGUUUAUCGAUAUAAGCUCUUCCCCCCCGCCCAAUGGCCGUGGUGCCGCCACAGUGGUGCCCAUUACUCUGGCCAUGCCCAUGCCGAUGCCAGUGUCCGCCGUUGGUAUGACAUUGCCAAUUGUGGUGGCAACAGGAGCCAGCAGAAGUCACAGCAACACCAGCAGCAGUAGCAGCAGCAAUAUGAGCUGGAGCGGGAAUGGUAAUGGAAACGGAAAUGGAAAUGGAAGUCGCAGCCGAAGCAGCGGGAAUGCAAAUGGAAAUGGAAAUGGGAACAACAACAACAACAACAAUAGCUCCUCAGCGGGCUCGUCGCCAUCAGACAUCAAUGUGUCGUCCAACCACCAGCAGCAGCAGCAGCAGCAGCAGCAGCAACAGCAGCACCAGCACCAUCAACAGGAGGAGGAGGAUGAUCGCCAUUCAACGGGAAGCAAUGAUGCCAUAGCUGUAGUUUCCAUGUCCACCACACCACCAAACGGAGGAGGAGGAGGAGGCGGCGGCGGGCGGCACUACAACAAUCAGCGCAACAGCAAUAACAACAGCAACAACAGUUACUAUCGCCAGCAGUUUUAUGUCCCGCCACCGAUGCAGCAGCAGCAGCAGACGACAUUGAACAAAAGCACCUAUCAACACCACAGCAACAACAAUAGCCACCAUCAGCAGCAGCAGCAGCAGCAGCAUCGGCAGCAUCAUCAUCAGAGCCAGCAGCAACAGCACCAGAACCAGCAACAGCAGCAGCAGCAUGUGCAACAGCAGCAGCAGCGUACGCAACAUUUGCGACAAUCUGGGAAUCGCUUUCAAAAGCCCACAGCUGUUGCGGCAGCAGGAAGUAAUAAUAGCAACAGAUUGCCACCGCUGCGUGGCACUUUGGUAAACUCCUCGUCUGCUAUAUCAAUCAUUUCUAUAUCCUCUGAAUCAUCAGUUGCCAGCAGCAGUUCGUCCUCGUCAAAUCGAUCCGGAAAGAAUCGCAAUCAAAAGUCACGAUAGGCCGAAAUGUAGGGAGACACAACACUCACACACCCACACACAAACACAAACACAAACACAUAGACAGCCAGCCCAUACGACAGCAGAGACAGGGACAGAGAUGGACAGCAGUAGCAGCAGACAAACCGCAAAGCAAAUGCACAGCAGAGAGAGAGACAGAGAUAGUAAUAGUAGGCGUAAGCGUAAGCGUAAGCGUAAGCGUAAUAAAAGAAACGGUAGAUAGUGUUAGAGAAGGAUAGAGAAGAAGAGAGUUAGCGUUAAUAUAUUUAUUGAGUGUAUUCAAUAUUCGUCGUAUAUUCCUCCUUUCUCACGCGUACUCGUACUUCAAAUGUUCUGCAUUUUUCGAAUUAAAAAAUAAUAUAUAUAUAUAUAUAUAUUACAUAUAUAUAUACACUCUCGACUAAGGUAAAAGAAAGUCUGUAAACCCUUCUGCCUUCUGCCUUCUGCACUCUCCUAGAAGCGUAUAUCAACUAACUGCUGUCCCUCCCUCCUGCUCGCUCCUAGAAACUAGACUUAGGAACACAGAACAAAAAGCAAACAACUUUUGCCUACUCAUUGCGCUAAGUGUAUUUCAUUUUGUUUCUAAAAUAAUAUGAAAGCUGAAAGGCAAACAAAAAAACACAAAACAAAACCAAUUUACAUAUAGUCGGAAAUAUGUGUUAAAAGCGUUGGAUCAGGAUACAAACCAUAGAUGUAGGAUCCCAUGAUGAAGAAGUGAAAAUGAAUUAUGAAAUUAGCAAGUAUAUCCAUCAAUGUGAAUAUAUAUAUACAACUUGUAUCUAUAUAUAGUAAUAUAUCUUAUAUUUAAAGCAACAUUUAGGCCGUUUUCAUUAAUUAAUACGUUUUUUUUUUACAUAUAUAAUAUAUAAAUGUAUGCGUACAUAUAUUAUACACACAUAUUAAUAAUCUAGAUUAUAAAUGUCUGAAAUUCCCUUCUUUUUCCCCAAUCCCCACUCCUACACACACCCCCACAUGUAUGUAUAAUCUUUGUAAAUGAUAUACUAUAUCUUUUGUAAACCUGAGAAUGCUCUGCAGCAAAAACAACCUUCCUCCAUCCUCCGGCACCAAUCAACCAACCAACCAACCUCCUCCUGGAUAUCAGCGCUCAAGCUAUUUAUUAUUAAGUGCGCAACUGUACAAAAACAAAAAAAAACCCGUCUAAAAACAACCCUAAAUCUAAGAUCGAAAUCCAUGCUAAAAUCAACACAAAAAAUGUGAAUUCUUAUAUCUAUAUUCUAUAUCCCCGCUCCGCACACACCUCAUAGCUUAAGAUGUGUGUGUUUUGGAUGAUUUUUGAUCGAAGGCUUGCUUACACCUAUUACUACAUACAACACAGAAUGUAAAUGUUUUUAUGAUUAUUAUUACUACUAUUAUUAUGAUGAUAACGCUGAUUGCUAGUUUUUAUAAUUAUUAUGCUAUGUUCUAAGUCUAGUAAACAAUAUUGUAGCCUGUAUGAACACACAUUGCCCCGCCCUCGCCCUAAACCCUAGAAAACAAAAACAAAUGCAAGUGUGUUUUAAAACAAAACUAACAACACAAAAAAAAAACAACAAACAAACAAAAAGAAACCCAAAAAAAACAACAAAAAAAAGAAACAAACAAAACCCACAAAAGAAACUAAAAAAUGUGUGUACAAUUAUUUAUUAAUAUUUAUUAUUGCAAAAGUGCAUUACGCAUAGAGAUUCCUGCCAUUUAUUAUAUUUAAAUUCAAGUUUUUUUUUCUAAUUAUACAUUUAGUUCUUGCGAUCCCCCUACCGCUGCCACCCGAUCGUCCCUCUCUAUACGCACUGCCAUUUUGAGAAAGGUUUUUAAAACUAAAACGAAGAGAAAUGAGUGAAGAGAUGAACAUUUAGAGACUUUGUACAUGUAUAACAUUUUAGGCUGUUCUUCUUUCCAUCUAUAAGAGAAAACAAACUACCAAAAAAAACAACAAAAC